ACUGUGACUGUAACAGUUUAAAUUGUCAAAAAUAAGUCAAGUUUACUAAAUAUUUUUUUUGUGAAUUUUCAUUUUGAUUUAGAAUCGUAAAAUAAUGAAAAUAGCAAGAAAACAUUGUGAAUAACAAAAUAAUUGUUAUUUUAAUGCCUAAAUUGUCACUAUGGAGUUCUUUUCGGAAAUAAUAGGCGAAACUGUGAUCUUGGGUAUAGAUUCCCUUAUUUUGGGUUUUUGCCUUAAACAACUCAGCAAAUGUAAACAUAUAUUAAAUACCUUACAGACUGCACCAGUACUUGAUAUAGAUGCCACACUGAACAAAGAGAUCAAUAAGUACCCAAACAAUACUAUCCCGUUUGUUGUCAUCCGUGGCCUGGUGAAACCACUGGGCAACCCCAUUACUAGUAACUACAACAACUCAGUCACUGGUGUAAUACAAAGACUAACAAUCAAAGAACAUGUGAUAGCACGAACAUCUGCUGGGUUCUGGUCGGAUCAAACCCGCACCAUACAUGAGGUGUGCAACUCCACUCCAUUUGUGCUCAACAAUGGCAAAUAUAGCAUUGAAGUUGUGGAUGCAUUGGCUGCAGAACUUCUUGAUAUGGAUGUAAUUUCUGACAAGUUUGAGCCCAUGUCUCCUGGGGUCAUUGACCAUGUGUGGGGCUUCUUCUCUGGCGUCCGUCAGCGGGGUCUUCAGACCAUGGAGGAAAUGCUUCGGGAUGGUUCCUACAUUACCGCCAUAGGCGAGUUAAGCCGGAGUAACACCGGCGCCCUAAAGAUUCAGCCACCUAAAGAUGGUCUACCAUUAUACUUGACAACUGCUACUAAGUCCAGUAUUUUGAAGAGACUGGCAAGUUCCAGAGAUUUCUUAAGAGUAUUAUUAGUGGUAUUUGGUUCUGUGGCGGCGGCGGCGUCGUGUCGGAUCGUGUACAAAUAUUUGAAGCGGCGGCGCCGGCGCGAGCUCGAGGAGAACAUGAAGAGGCAGUUGGCGGUGGGGCGUCGCGAGAGGCGCGCGCACGCACGCGAGAAGAACCUCAGCGAGGUUCAGCUUUGUGUCGUCUGUGCUGAAAACCCUAAAGAGAUAAUAUUGAUGCCAUGUGGUCACGUGUGCAUCUGUGAAGAUUGCUCUGACCAUAUCACAGACAACUGCCCCAUCUGUCGUGAGAAGAUAGACUCAAGAGCGCCUGCUUUCAUCACGUAAAGAUAAUCUAUGUAUAUAAUUUAUUUUUUCUGUACAAAGGAUAGGGGGUGAUAGUCUAGAUGUGAAUCGGGUUAAAAGACUUGUUUUGACAGAUUUCCAAUUGUUAUAUAGGUAGUUUAUUUCUCUCUUUUUUGACCACAGAAUUAUAAUUUUCUACUGCUGUUAAAACUAGUUUUUUAAAACGAGAGUAGAAACAUACUUUAGAGCAGGGUUUUUUAAAGUAGGAUGGGAGUGUUUGGCUGGGGAUUGGGGAUGGCAUAGUUUAUUUUUUAUAUUUGGCCCCGCUGAUUGCAGUUCCUGCACAUCUAGCAUUGUUGAAGACAAUAAUUAUUAUUAAAAGAUAUUAAUCAAUAAUUAUUAUUAUAAGAUUAUUUAAAAGUACAUGUCAAACCUGUUUGUUAGUAAAGAUUUUUAAAAUGUUAUAUUUUUCUCAAUUGUUUUCUUUAGGGAUCCAUCAAUUUUUUUAAGAGAACCUGUUCUAGAGUUUUUAAUAUUGUAAAUGUUUGUUUAGGUGCUAUUUUAGAAAAUUUGUGAUAUAGAAAUCAGAUGUAGUUAUAUAUUAACAGUAAAAGUAAGCAUUUUAUAGCUUUGGAAUUACUAUUUAACAAAUUUGGAUGAGUGUUUAGGCUGCUGCAGCUUAAUGUAUUCAUCAAUGGUAAAAUAAAUACAAUACUUUGAAAUU